AUGGACCAUCACAAAACAAAGUAAGAAACGAAAGAAGAAAAAAUAUAAAACUUGGGAAUCUGCAGCAGGAAACGGCCGAACAAUGAGCGAGUGUCGGCCAGCGAAAUCAAGCUGUUCAUCUGCUUCAUCUGCGGCGAGCAGUACACGAACGCCCCCGAGUACCAACGUCAUCUCCUCAUUCCGCAUCAAGCUUUCGCCCUCUGCUACCAGAUGUACAACUCUCAGAUGGUUUGAGAUCAUUUUCCAGUUCUCAUUUUGAUCUAAUUCUUCAUAAGCACAGUUUUUGAGUCUCGGGCCCCUUUUCCAAAAAUUAUGAUUAUAAUUUAAGAAGCUUUUAGCGAAACCUUUUCAGCUCCUUCUGAGGGUCCUCAAAAGACAUUUUUCUUUUCGCCUAUGAUGGUAUAUUUCUGUGAAGGUCCCAAAGACCUGAAAGAGAAGUGAGAACUUCCCAAAAAAUUGACUAAAGCUAUCUCCUACUCAACUUUGCCAGUGUUUAUUUUCACGUUUCAGUCGAUUUUUUCUGGAUAUUUCGUUCAAAAAACUUGUUCUAUUGAACUCUUUUACACACAAAAGAAAUUUUGAAAAAGAAAGUAGUAUUUGUUGAGCUGUAGAGGGGCAAAAGGCAUUUUUUGAGAUAUUUGAGAGGAUUUCUGAUUUUUGAGAUAAAAAAGUGUUUAACAAAGAUAAAAAGUAUGUAUAUUGCCGAGAUAAUGAUAUUUUCAACAUUGAGGAAAUUUUUUGAACGCAAGCUGCCAAAAACAUUAAAUCGAAAAAUGUAAAGUUUAAAAACCGAUGUAUUUCAGAAAAGUAAAAGAAAGAGUCGAUCUGUCGGCGAAACGAAGAAAACUGUAGAAAAGGUGCCGAAGACCGAAAAAUUGCAAAAGACAAGUUCUCACCGGGAAGAAGAAACAAAAAGAAAGAGUUAGUUGAGAAUUUGAAAAGAAGAUAGAAUUUUUGAGUUUUUCGAAGGUUCAUUAACAGCGAAAAUGUCGACGGAAUCGGCUCCUGCUCGAGUUUCUCACGCCGAAAAUUCUCCCCGUAUCUCCUCGUCCGAUAAUAGUUCUGGUGAUAAAUCAUUGUAUGUUAACUUAGGAGAACUAUUUUCAGCUUCUUCUCCAAGUGUUCAGAACAGAUCCCACACUGGAAACGUCUGCCGGAUCUGUGCCUUGAGAUUCCCGAAAUUCAGUUCCUUAGUGCGGCAUUGUCAGCUUUUUUCUACUUUUUUUUUCCUGAGAGUGUAUUUUUUAGUGGUUUCCAAUCACCACGUGACUAUCUCCAACAUCUUCAUGCACUUGUUCAAAGGAAACGAUCACUUGGUUCGGAAAACGAGCCCGGCCGGUUCGGAAUGUCCUCCGUGUAGCUUGAGAUUCGUCAAUAAGACAGAGUUGGUCUUUUUUGAAUAUAAAGAGUUUUGACUGAAUUUAAAAUAAUUAGGAAUGUUGAGAAUUUUCCCACCAAAAAAGAGAGUUUAAAAAACGACAUUCCUUCAAAAUCUCAGUGGGUUAUAGUCCUCCAAAGCUUUCGAAAAAUCAAAGUUUUGCUUGAGAGACCGUAAUUUUUAGUCAAAAUUAACUGUUUUCAGCCGCGAGCUUUUUUCAACUCUCCAAAAUGCUCAAAAAAAAUCAUGAACCUUGAACUCGUUGAUAACGAUAUUUUGGAUGAUAAAUUCGAAAUUUGUUUACAUUCUACCCCGAUUUGUAAUCAUUUGAUUGUCAUCAUGUUUUAAUUUUUCAGAUACUACGAACAUUUAUUAGCCAAACACGUGCCUGACAUUUUCUUCACUCUCCUCGAAAAGUUUCAUUUUAAAAGUUCACUAGAGCUAUUCAGUUUUUCAGGUACACAACAAUCGAUAGUGUGAAGCCGGAAGUAUUUUUCAAAUCGCAACAAGGCGAAGAAUUCGUCGAGACUUUCAAAAUGCAUAUCAGCGAAAUGACAUAA